AUGGACAAUAGGGGGAUCACGUCUGUCCUCAACUUUCGUGAUGUCGGCUCAACGGUGAACAAAUUUCUUGGAAGAAGACUCGUAAGGGAAGGCUUGGUAUUUCGUUCCGCCAGACCAGACGAUGCCACUUCGGCAGACAGAAAACGCCUCCGCGAGGAGCUGGGCAUCAAGGCGGUGAUAGACUUGCGCACCAAAACCGAACACGUCAAGCGGGCGAAGAAGCGCGAGGCCGAUCUCAAGGUGCCCACCCUUCUGGAGUCCAACGCUGCACUAGCCGAGCCAUUCCAGAUCUCGGGUCUGACGUAUCACGAGAUCAGAAUUACUGGCGGCAACUUUGAGUGGUUCUUGAUCAGACAGGUAUCUUGGUGGGGUUUGUGCCGCCUUAUCUGCCUCUUUACUCUCGGCUACCGCAAUGAGGGCAUCUCCAUCUUGUCUCGGGAGGUAAUGCUGCCGCGUGGCCUAGUUGGUUUAGGCCUUGACACCCUGGAUCAAUCUGGUGAGGAGAUUGCAAAGGCUCUCAGAGUAUUCAUCGACCCGGCGACUUCACCGACUCUGGUCCACUGCACACAGGGCAAGGAUAGAACCGGGCUGAUUGUCAGUCUCGUUCUGUUCAUCCUGAAUGUACCGCUCGAGGCGAUUGAGCAUGACUACAUGCUAACCAGUGGUGCGCUCGAGUCCGAGAGAGAGGAGAGACUGGCCGAGAUGAGAGAGAUUGGUCUUACAGACGACUGGUUCGAGACGGCGCCUGACAUGAUUGCUCGGACGGCUCGUCAUCUCGACGAUGUCCACGGUGGGCUCAACGACUAUCUGGACAAGAUCGGGUUUGGCCAAGCCGAUCGCCUGAAGCUUCGGGAGCUGCUGUUGUACUGA